CGUAUUGGAGUGAAGGGCUAUCUCCUUGACAGUGGAUCUCCCGGGAUCCGGACCGAGAUCCGCGAUGCUCAAGCUCGGGCUGCCCUUGUCUGAGUGGAGCUUCGCGGAGUCGGAGCUCACAUGGGGAGGAGGAUCCUCUCGCGGCGUCUGAUUGGAGGAACCGCGGUGUAGGAUUCUUUCCACAGGGAUCAGUCUAGGGGAUCUAGGGAGGGGGGAACCGUCGUGUGUGGGAAUAUUGCUUCGGAGGCCUCGACUACUUGCUGGGAGUGGAGGAGGACUGCAGAGGGAUCCGGCGGAAGCGGAGCCUCCCAGGACCGGGAUCCCAGCAGAUCCCGGGGCCGCAGCCUGGGAUCCCUCAGGGACCCCCCGGAGCCGCCGCUUCCCCCAUGGACUUGCCCGGGGACUCCAGCCCGUCUGGCGGGCCGCGUCUGUGCCGCCAGCCACUGACCCGAGGGUUAUGGGCAGCCGGGAGCCCAAAACGGCCGAGGCUGCAGCCCAUGGGGGCUCCUUCGCCCCUGGAAAAGGCCUCUCGACGAGUCCUGGCCGUGGUGCUGGAAGAUGUCAUGGCUGCCCACAUGGCCCCUCUGGUGCCCCAAGAGGAUGCUUCCACCCCUCGGCACCACACCAACCAUUGGGAUUCCAUCCACAGCCAGCCACCUGCCUCACCAUCCCAACAGUCUGUGUGGUGCCCACAGGCCAGGUCUCCCAACCCUCUGCGCUUGUGCCGAGAGCCCUUGAGCCGUGUCCACUGGCCCCCUUCAACCCAGAGGCGGCGAUCAAGGAUGAGCCCUGUUCCAGAGGAGUCCUCUUCACAAAAGGUGGACCGAGUCCCCCAGCCCACCCUGGUGGUGAUGCUGGAAGACAUUGCUGGCCCCAGAUCCCCAGCUAAGGUACCCGAACAUCGGGGUUUUGUCGAUGAGACCUCCAACUUCACCAUCCCAGCACGAAGAGCCGAGGCCAUGACAAUGGUUCACCAGCCAGUGUCUCUGCCCAAGGACCUGGAAGCCCCAUUCCAGCCAUCUGCCCUGCCUACAGGCCAUUCAGAGAGCCCACCACCAGCCCCAGAUCCUGACUUGGAGUCCCCAUCAACCCCACCAGCGUCCAGCCUUUUACGUCCCCACCUCAGUCCUUGGGGCCUGGCCCCCCUCUUCCGUUCCGUCCGCUCCAAGUUGGAGAGUUUCGCUGACAUCUUCCUCACACCCAACAAAGCCCCGCGGCCCCCACCCCCGGCACCUCCAAUGAAGCUAGAGUUGAAGAUUGCCAUUUCAGAGGCGGAGCAGUCUGGGGCACCUGAGGGUGCCACGUCUAUUAGUCCCAGGCCCCCUAUCCGCCAGUGGCGGGCCCAGGACCACAGUCCCCCAGCAUUGCUCCCUAAGCCCUCUCUGGGCCGAAGCCACUCCUGCCCCAAUCUAGGGCCCCCUGGCCCAGGUGCCUGCACCUGGCUCCCCGUCCCAUCCCAUUCAAACCGGCCUCGACCCCGGCGGCACACUGUGGGUGGUGGAGAGAUGGCCCAAGCCCCGCCACCUCCUCGGCCCUGUCUCCGGAAAGAGGUGUUUCCUCUCGGAGGUGUGGGAGCCUCCCCACCCCUCACCACAUCUUGCUCGUCCACUGCAUCCACUUCCUCCUUCUCCGAGCCUGCAGACCCCAGGUUGGGCUCACCCCAGAGGAAGGAGCCAAGGGCCCCAGAGGACCAGGUUCUUUCAGGCCCUGAGACCAAGGUGGGAGUACAGGUGAGGGAGAGGUACGAGGUAGGGGCCAGAGCCCACGCCACACUCUCACCCUCGGCCCUAUUUCUGCAGACCAUGGGAAAGGUUUCUCGAUUUAGAAUACGCAGGACACCGGCCCGGCCUCAACUCAACCUUACACCAAUGGGGCUGCCUCGACCAGUCAGGUUGAACAAGAAGGAGUUCAGUUUGGAAGAAAUUUACACCAAUAAGAAUUACCAAUCGCCCACAACCAGGAGGACCUUUGAGACCAUCUUUGAGGAACCCCGGGAACGCAAUGGAACUCUGAUCUUCACCAGCUCAAGGAAGCUCCGGCGGGCUGUAGAGUUUCGGGACAGCAGCCUUCCUCGCUCCCGGCGGCCCUACCGAGGGGUCCGUGCUGCAGCUGGCAGGACCCUUCCUCCCAACCUGACCCCAAACCCAGACGUGGGACCCCUACUGCAGCAGCGGCUGGAGGAGCUGGAUGCCUUGCUUUUGGAGGAGAAGGAGGAGGAGGAAAUGGAUGGGGAGCAGCCCCAUUGGACCUAGGAGCUCCACCUGUUUGUCCAUCUAUCCGUCCUGGAGGGGGGGAAAGCCUCAUAAGGCAAUAAUAAUUUUUUCUCUAUAUUUCUAGUAAAGUUUUCGAUAUGUUUCUGCUUUUUGUAUGUCUCUGGCUGAGUCUGAGAGUGAUUGGGAGCAUUGGCUGAUGUUUUCACUUUGGGCCCAAAGAACUGGGAAAUGGGGGCAGUGCCAGCCAACAGUAAUGGGAGCUGGGCACAGAGAGGGGCUGGGGAAAUGGUCACUGGAGAGUGUCUCCAUGUGAAAAUUCUCCUGUAUCGAGGGGCCCUUCUUUUAUUUAUUGUGCUUUAAGCGAAAGUUUACAAAUCAAGUCAGUUUCUCAUACAAAAACUUACACACACCUUGCUAUGUACUCCUAGCUGCUCUCCUCUUAAUGAGACAGCACAUUCCUCCUCUCCACCCUGCAUUCCCCAUGUCCAUUCAACCAGCUCCUGUCCCCCUCUUCCUUGUCAUCUCGCCUCCAGACAGGAGUUGCCCACAGUCUCAUGUGUCUACUUGAGCCAAGAAGCUCUCUCCUUACCAGUAUCAUUAUCUUAUAGUCCAGUCCAGUCCCCGUCUGGAGAGUUGGCUUCGGGACUGGUUCCAAUCUUGGGCUAACAAAGUGUCUGGGACAAUGACCUCCAGGGUCCCCCCUAGUCUCAGACAUUAAGCCUGGUCUUCUUAUGAGAAUUUGAGAGCUGCAUCCCACUGUUCUGCUCCAUCAGGGAUUCUCUGUUGUGUUCCCUGUCACGGCAGUGAUCGAGUGGUAGCCGAGUGGAAAGGCACUUCUGAAUCUGCUCCUGAUGAUACUGGCCCUUACAGACCCUGGGCAGGGCCAGGUUCCGCCAAUUCUCUUACACCAAGGAGACUGAAAGGCCCAGAGAAGACCAAGGCCUUUAUCAAAUAGUACUGAUGCCUCCUGACAGGCACACCAGGACCCCUUGCUGCUGGAUUCAAGAGCUAAGAGUAAUUAGCCAUUUAAGCACCUACCACAGCCUAUCAGAUACUCGACCUACACAUAGCCCUGCAAGGAAACAAAUCAUUUUAUAGAUGAGAGGGCCACGUAAGAGUCAAUGGGUUGUUCAUAUUAAAACGGUAACAUAGCCAAUGAGGCCAGGUCUUUGCAUCUUUCAUAACUUAGAGGCAAAAUGGAGUAGUGGCUAAGAGCACAGACUUUGGAGCUGGCUCCUUGGGUCCAAACCCUUGAUAGGGAACAACCUGUUUGGGCGUCAGUUACCUCCUCUGUAAAACAGGGCUAAGAGCAGUACCUACUUAACAGAAUUAUUACAAAAUGAGUUAAUACAUGAAAAAGUGCCUGGCACACAGUUGCGAAGUGUUGGUUUUUAAUUGUUAGACCGUGAGACCGCAAGCCAGACAGCCUCCGGUUGAGCUAAGCAAUAACGGACCGCGGCUUUUUUCCAGCGCUUCCAACUCUCGCAAAGCAUCCAGCGCACUCGAGCCCAACUGCGCCGCGGAGCGAUCCCGUUUAGCUGCCAACACACCACACGCUUGCGCGAGACGCCAGGAGGCCAGUGGGCUAAACCAAGCGGCAGAGAGGAAGAGACUACUUCACCAAUUGUCGAACCGGACCUUCCGCGACCGUGCGCCGCCAAGCGGCCAACCGCUACUUAAGACUCGCACACUGUGUCCUAACUCCUCCCACCUCGACGCCGUCAGAAGGCCGGCCAAUCAGCGAAGAGUAGGAAGAGGCGGGUCUUCUAGGGGACCUCCCCAAGCACCUACUUCUAACCAGUUGAGUCACAAAAUUUGUAGAAGGGCGGAGCUAAUCUGAUGUAUACCCAAUCAGGGAUUUGAGGGUAGUUACAUAUUUCCCACUUCCCCGAUCUUAACCCAGCCCUUCGCUUUGACGUCUAACCUAUCAACCUAUCAACGACUAAGCGUGUGGGAGGGAGGCAGAAAGGGGAGGGUCAGGGUGGGAGGAGGCAGAGAGAGGAAGGAGGCGUAGGCUGAGGAGGAAAAGGGAGGAGGGUCAGGGAAGUCCUGGUGGAGAAGAGGCCCAAGACUCCAAAGGAGACAACAGGAUGGUGCGCUGGAGCUCCCCUGCUGCCUAACUGCCGUCCCGGAUCCCUUAACACACAAGUCAGACAGACGGAAGAAAGGAAAAGACUUUUA